UUUUUACCCCUCACACUUUCCCUAAUUUACCCCAAGCCCCUCCCUUCCUUCAUAAGACAACGCUUCCUCCUUCUCUUAUGGCCUCCUAUCAGACAAUGCAGCGUGCGGCGGUGGCCAAUGACCAACCACGGCGGAGCUCCGUCGGAGAGGCGGCGGCGGAGGGGGAGAAAGUGUUCAGGGGGGACGAGGAGUUCGGUGACGCCUCAUCGAACUAUUUGAAGACGAUUUUUGCCCUGGCGCUGUGGCUCGGAACCUUUCAUCUCAACGCAGGGUUGAUUCUCCUCGCGCUUCUCGUCCUCUCUCUCAGCCAAGCACUCUUGCUUAUAGGUUUGCUUCUUGUGUUGAUGCUGAUUCCUAUUGAUGAAAAUAGCAAGUUCGGUCGAAAAUUAGCCAGGUACAUAUGCAAGCACGUUUGCAGUUACUUUCCCGUCAUUCUUCAUGUGGAAGAUAUGAAGGCCUUUCAUCCCAAUCGUGCUUAUGUUUUUGGCUAUGAACCGCAUUCAGUUUUGCCAAUAGGAGUUGUUGCAUUAGCGGACAACACGGGUUUUAUGCCUCUUCCCAAAAUAAAAGUUCUUGCUAGCAGUGCGGUUUUUUACACGCCAUUUUUGAGACACAUAUGGACUUGGUUGGGUCUGACUCCAGUGACAAAGAAAAGGUUUACCUCUCUGUUGGAUGCUGGCUGCAGUUGUAUCAUAAUACCUGGUGGAGUUCAAGAAACAUUUCUCAUGGAGCAUGGUUCUGAGAUUGCCUUUCUUAAAGCAAGGAGAGGAUUUGUCCGGAUAGCAAUGGAGAAGGGCAAACCCCUGGUUCCAGUUUUCUGCUUUGGGCAGUCAAAUGUCUAUAAGUGGUGGAAACCAGGUGGGAAGCUAUUUCUGAAUUUCUCGAGGGCUGUCAAGUUCACCCCAAUAUAUUUUUGGGGAAUUUUCGGAUCUCCGAUACCCUUUAAACAUCCACUGCAUGUGGUGGUGGGUAGACCAAUUGAACUCGAGAAAAAUCCUGAGCCAACUCCUGAGGAGGUUGCCAAAGUACAUAGCCAGUUUGUUGAAGCACUUCAAGGUCUAUUUGAACGACACAAAGCUCGAGCUGGAUUUCCAGACCUUGAGUUGAGAAUUGUUUGAUAAUUACACUUGUCUCUUAGGGUAGCCUGUAUUUGGGAGUUUUAAAGAUGGAGAGGGUUGAGAGGUUCAUAAUUAAUGGAAUGAGGUAAAAUAAUACUGUUGAUUUUUGAGAAGCGAUUAUCUCUGCUGUUUCAGAAGUCAGUGGUGACAAUUCAUAUUGUAAAUUAUAAAUUUAACUCCCAAUUAUAAGUCAGAACAAUUUAUAUCAGAUAUAUUAAUUAUAA